UCUAGACGAGUUUGAACGUGAAUCUGAAGAUGAGGAUGAGGAAUUUCGUGUCACUCCUCGUCUUUAUUCGCUCUUUCCUACAGCAUCUUUUAGAGAACUUGGAAUAGAUACUUCAAGAGAUACUUAUUCCGGAGAAUAUACAGUUGGAAGCUUUGACCUUGAUGGUGACAUUGACAGCUUCCUUAACAUGCAAAGAUCUGUUAACAGAGAAAUAGCUCUUAGCAGAGAAAGAGCUCUUGCUAUUACAAAAAGAAUUAUUGCUAUGAGAGAUAGAGCGAUUGCUAUUAACACAGAAAGAGCUUUUGCUAUUAGAGAAAGAGUUCAUGCUAUUAACAGAGCAAGAGCUCUUGCUAUUAACAGAGCAACAGCUCUUGCUCUUAACAGAGAAAGAGUUCUUAACAGAUUAAGAGCUCUUAACAGAGAAAGAGUUAACAGAGAAAGAGCUCUUAACAGAGAAAGACCUGCAAGUCCUAAUGCUGUAGACAGAGCAGCUGCUCAAGCAAGAAUUAGAGGUUUGGAUGAUGUAACUAUAUCAAAGAUUCAUACAAGCAAAUCAGAACAGUGUGCUGUAUGCUUGGAAUAUUUCCGUAUGAGGCAAAACGUGAAAGGUUUGCCAUGCAGACAUAUUUUUCAUAGUCAUUGUAUUAUUCCUUGGUUGGAAGAGCGAUGUACUUGUCCAAGCUGUCGGAAAUAUGUAGAUAUACGACCCCCACCUAUGCCCAUCCCGAUAGUGAGGAGGAGAUCUGCUAGGAAUCUCGCAAGGCAAUCGGCUGGAAAUCAGGAACAAGCAGGACCUUCAACUAGCAAUCAGGAACCUGCCAAUAUAUAUGCCAGAAAUGUGGGCUGCUCAUCAGCCAGAAAUGAGAAUCGAUCAAGGCUUUCAGGCGGGAACCGUCGGCCAACUGGACAGUCAGGCAGAACUCGGAAACCAAGAGGGCGAUCAACUAAGAAUAAGAAUCGCAAGCCCGUAAAUAAUCAUGCUUAGAAGUCGGAUUUGGGAGCUUUAAAAUAAGAAUGCAUUCUCAUUCUUGUUGAUGUAUUAAAUGUAUAUUCUGUUGUUGAAGGUUAUUAUAAAGUUUGUGUUCAGUUUAAAAGAGUAAAAAGAGCUUUCUUUUUAGAACUGUUUAAGUUUUAAAAUAUCUAAAAUUAUAACCUUAAUGCAGUUAAACCUCAAAAGUACAUAAUUUUCUAGAUUGAUUAAAGAAAGUGACAUAUUAAAUAGGGUUGAUGUCUAAUGCUUUCAUAAAAAGAUUCUUAUUAAAUUCAAAAUGAACUAGAUAUGAAAAAAUAUUUUAUUGUUUUAGAAUUUUUCCUGAAUUUAGGAGUAAUUAUAAGUAUUAAAAGCUUUUUUUUUUUUUUUUUUUUUUUUUUUUUUUUUUUUUUUUUGCUUCUUUAAGCCAUCAAAUUGAUGAUUUUUCCAAGUCACAGAAGUGAGAUUUGAUAAUUAUCUUUCUCCGUUUUAUGCUAAUAUGGUCUUUAGCAGCAAGCAAGUUGUUCUUUGUUUUAUUUCUGGGUAGCUAAAGCUUGGCAUCAUAUGUGAAAAUUAUAGGAUCAUACAGGAUAAAUUUCAGUAAUUUGCUGUUUUGGGACUUAGUUCUGAAGAAAGCAGAUAUGCAUUCUGUUGUCCAUUACUUGUGGAAGUUACUGGAAAAGGUAUGUGACAGGAAUAAUUAUUUAACAAGAAUUAUGAAUAGUAAAUCACCAUUCCUAAGAAACAAUAAAACUUCUUUGUUGGAAGGCUUUAACUUUCUCCACAUGUGUGAAAGUUUUGUUAACUUUGCUGUAUGUCGUAAAUAUUUGACUCGUUUUUGAAAAAGUAAGCAUUCAUUUUGAUUUAAUUCAAAAUCACAUUUCUGGUUGCUUUAUGCUUUGAACACAAAAAGAUUAUUUUGACUGAUCCUUUGUUUCUCCAUUAUUGAUUGUGUUGUCAGAAUAUGUUCAAUUAAACUGAACUGAUUAGGAUUAGUUUUGUUCCUUUUACCUGAUAUUUUCUUGAGUAGGUGUUUUAAUUCAAAUUAUGCUUGCUAUCUUCUACUUCAACAUGGAAAUAAAGCAACAGAUAAGUAGUAUUUUGAAUAUCUGUGAUUGUGAAGCAUGUGUUAUACGUAGAACCUGAGACAAAAGUAAUUGAAAUAACAUUGGGUAUUUAAUAAAAUAAUGUUGCUAAAUAUAAUGAUAAAAUGUUUAAAAUCUCAGCUAUUUAAUUAAUUGCCUUUUGUUAUUUUCUGACAUGCGGGCUUUCAAAUGCUUAUUUCAACUUGAAUAAAAGAGAAAAUGUGUAUAAACCUAAGUAAAACACGCAUAACUUAAAAGAAUAAUUGAAAAAAAAAAUAUUUCCCAUAGAUUAAUAGUUUAAACAGAAAGGGAGGAAAAAGUCGCCAGAACCUUGCUUAAACUUUGUAGCUUUUAUUAUUCAGUUUAACUGCAUAAUGUAUUUAUCUUUUCCAAAAGCAGAAGCAUGGAAACAAAUAUAUGGUGCCAAAGCAAACUAAAGUAUGUAUCUUUUAAUUAUAUAUUAUGUUUGAUGCUGCUGUAUACCAUCAUCAUAAGUUAAGGUUGUUUUUAAGAAAUGCCAAAACUGGCAACCAUUUAUUUUUCUAUAAUACUUAUUGAUUGUUUUCUAACUAUCUCAUUUUUAAGUAAUAUUGCUUCACCUGUAGUAUCAGUAUGCUGAGUAAAUUUUGUUCUACAGUUAACAAGCUUAAAGUCUCACUUAAGGAAAGUAAUGUCAAUGACAUUCCUUUUUUUCAGAAAUUUGAGAAUUAUGAGCAACUAAAGUGUGGGACUCAUGUUAAAUAGCCUAAUUUUGUGGGUCAAUAUUGCUAGCACUCUGGUGAUAUGUAUUUCAUCUUUGUUGAGAUUCAGAUGUUUGAAUCUGAGAACUUCUGUUGGUUGUUAUAAGGCUGUCUUGUUUUCAGGUUGGUUUAACUGGCCAUGUGCAAAAUUUAUGUAGUGAAUAGAAUAUAGGAGCUUUGUUUUUCUGUUUAAAGUAUUGCAACUUCUCUAUAAAAAUUAAAAACUUAUCAAAGGGAAUCACUUUUAAGAAUCGCCUUCUACAAAUAGAGCAUCAGUCAGAUGAAGGGGGAGUUCCUGAUUAACAUUAAAAGGCUUAUUUUGAAAUGAAGUAGUAUCAUUGUUAUCAGUGCAGGCUGAGUUAUCAAGUAUGCUAAUCAGAUAACUUCAUCAAUUAUCAUCUCUCAUUUCCCUAUUUCUCAAUAUUGCUGAUUGCCUCUCCAGUUAGUUUAGAGGUUAGCAAAAGCUUAUUGAUUCCUAUGCCUUGGGCUUGAGUUAUAAUUCAGCAUCCGUAAAAUUAGAGCAUGGUAUAUUAUGCAGGCUAUUUUUUACAUUUCUACAUGGAUGCUUGUGAUUGCAAUGUCAUUGGGGCAUAAGAGGGGUACUUAAUACCUAUUGAAAAAAAGCUAAAAGUCUCUCAAGUUGUGAACUGGAGGAUGAAGUGCAGGAUAAUUGAAUUUCAUUACCUGGUAAGUUUGGUCAAAACAGCAAUGAUUUAUAAGCCACAUUUCUCACUCAACUGGAAGGUCAGAAAUAAUGUUUUUCUCUUCCUUUCUUCAGGAAGUUGUGGAAGCUUUAAAAAAAUUGUACUUGUCAAUCCUUUCAAAUGAUGAAAAGCUAAUGUAAAUAGUAACCCGUGAAAAAAAAAA